GAAACAAACGCACUGCUCGCAAAUUUGAAAUUGCGAUAUCAGUCCUCAGUCCUCACAUGUCUUUCGGGCUGAAUUCUAGCAGCAAAUUGUGAUUUAGGAUUUCCAGGUUUUUCCCCGUGACCUUCCCGAGUUCCUCGCGCCUUUCGGGACCAUCCGUCCCCAGUUUUCAUAUUUUAAAACAUUUUUUACGUUUUUAUAUUGCACUUUAGUAAGAGUUUUGUUGGUUUUAUUUGUUUUUGUGGAAAAUGGAUUUGUGAUUUUAUUAGUAUCAUGGAACAUUGUUAUAACAAUUCGAGUGCAAAUGUUUUCCUCGACGGUGGCGAGCCUCUUUUGACUGCCAAACUCGUGAACGUUUGGGAGAAUCCUUCUCUCAAAUUAGCCCAUGCAAAGGGACGAUACCGACAAGAUGGACAAGCAGAUGAAACGCUACGGGAAUCCAAGUCCUGCUCAGCAAGGAAGCUGCGUAAAUGGCAGCAUUACCCGCCUCCAGCAAGGUGGCGCGAAUGGAAAUGCCUCCCCAGUUAAAGCUUGCAGCUCUCAGCCGAGCGGAAGCUCAUUUACCCGUCAACGAGGAGGCAAUCGCAGCGGAAACGUGCAGAAUCAGUCGCGCGCUGCAUCUCAGAGGGAAUCUAAAUCUGCGAAAACGGUGGGAUCAUCCAAAGGAGGAAACCAGCCCCAGGGCCUCGGAUCAUUCGAUGAGCUGGGAUUGAAUGGUGCGGAACAGGGAACACGUAAGCACAACUACAAUCAUCUGUUGAACUUCAGCUACGGACAUCGCGGUGAUCAUGGAGGGUUUCAUGGUGGUCGACGUGGUCAGCAGGUGCAUCGAUACUAUUUCCAGCCACGUUACAACAAGGAGAAUUUUCUGCAGGCCACAUGCCAGUUCAUUGUCAAGGAUGCGGGCGAUUAUUCCAUUCACCAGGUGGAUCCGGAUGUUUUGGUGGAAUGGAGCAAUAUUGAGUUGAUAAAAGUGUUUCAGUCUGAACAGCUGAACUGCCCGAUUUGCUUGCAUCCACCCGUUGCUGCCAAGAUGACGCGCUGCGGCCACGUUUACUGUUGGGCAUGUAUCCUGCAUUAUUUGGCUCUGUCGGAUGCAAGUUAUCGAAAAUGUCCCAUCUGCUACGAAUCUGUUUAUGCGAAAGAUUUGAAAAGUGUCGUAACGGAAAUUGUGGAGCCCAUAAGCGUUGGCAGUGAAAUCACUAUGCGAUUGAUGGUGCGCCAAAAGAAUUCUGUACGGGCUUAUCCGGUUAGUCAGUGGGAUCCAAAUAACACCGAUGGGAAAUUUAAUAAUCUGCAAGAUGCUGUUUCGUUGGAAUUUUCCAAGUUGUUGUUGAUUCGUCCUGACCAGUUGACGGAAGAAAUUCUCAAUCGGGAGGAGCAUGAGCUGAAAUUCGCCUUAGAGACCGAAAAGGAUAAUCCGGAAUGUUGUUUCAUCGAGGCAGCGCUGAAACAGUUGGGCGUUCGCCGCGAAAACUCUUCGGGCGUGGUGAUUCCUUCUUCCUCCCCUACGGUGGUCAAAGAUACGAAAACCGAACCCGAGCCCAUUAUUCGGGCACCUGCAAAAAGCUCCAAGAAGUAUGCUUGCGCUUUCUCCGAGGAGGAAGUCGUCUUGGGCUCACUGGAGGACGAUUUCACUCUCGAGACGAUGGCCGAUCGAAAGGCAGCGCAAUCUGACAAUCGGCAGAGCGAGUAUGGGAGAGAUAUGCCGUCGGCGUCAAACUCGGCACUUACACAGGUAGCUGAGCAUUCUGGGAGCGAGGGCAUUGUGGGAUCUCCAACUGGAUCCUCGUCGACAUAUUCCGGACGAUCACGUGGCUCUGGAGAAAUCCCUACUGGAGUGCACUAUUUUUAUCAGGCAGCAGACGGGCAGCAUAUUUAUUUGCAUCCGAUUAACGUGCGAAUGCUGACAGCACAGUAUGGACAUGUCCGAGAAGCGCCGUUGGAGAUCACUGGGAAGGUGGUGGACGUUGAUACAUGGAGUAUUAACGAGGAAAUACGGAAACGGUAUCGGUAUUUAUCGCACCUGCCGCUGACGUGUGUAUUUAGCGUGGUUGAACUGGACUUGCAGCCGCCGAUGGUGUCCAUGGAGGUGCUGGACAGUUUCGCGCCGGAAAUCGACCAACGCCAUCAUGUUCGCAACAUCAGAAUGCAAGACGAAAUGAUGCGCCAGCGUGAUGCGGAGAAUGCGUUUCGAAAAGAUAUUCGCGGACGGGUAUCCUUUAGUCUGCAGUCGGAACUGUUUCCCGCCGUCAGUCCGAGCCCGACGAUGGAGGAUUUGAAUUUGGCCUCGGAAGAAGCAUUUCCAACAGUUGGCAGCGAAACGCUUUUGCCUUCUCCACCCAAAGUCGCCACAUUGACUCCUAGUACUUCAGCGCCGAAAUCUUUUGCGCAGAUGCUGCGCGAAGGGAAAGUUCAGCGUCAGUCGUCCACGGGAAACGAAGGAAAUCAGUCUGCGAGUAAACAUGUCCCGAAGCAAACAUCUUCCGAUGAGGAAAACGAGCAAGGAGCAGCGCCGGAUUUCCAAGCAUCCUUCUCUGCUGGACUGGACGCUGCUUUCAGCCAGCUGGAGAUGAGCAGUAACAAGGCGGAAGGCAUGGGAGGUAAAGGAUCGAAGAAGAAGAAGAAAGGCAGCAAGGUGACGUUGUUCGCUACGGGAGCGAUGCCGCGCGUUUAGGCUAAUGAGGAAUUCAAAUAUUGCGGUAACAAUUAAUAUUUGUUGUUAACAUGGUUUGUGCGAAGGAACAGUUGUUAUUUAACAGAUUUGGUUUAUUAUUUAUCCAUUUCGAUUUAAUAAUCGUCGUUUGAGUCGUGAAUGUCUGUGUUUAAGAAUUAUGUUUACUGCCUUAAUGAUAACUGAUUGUAAUCUACUUAGGAAUUGGAUGUCGUAGUAGCUUUCUUCGCGGCUUUUGCGGUGUAUCUGGUGUUUUAAAUUAAAAUAAAUAUCGUA